GCCUUAUAAGCACUGUCUUCCCCCAUUCUCAAACUUUCUUCUUUCUCCUCCUCUCCUCUCUUUGCUUCCCAACCUCAUCCAGAGUACAAUAGCAGAAUAUAUGUCCAGAGACAGGGACAUCAUAACAUUGGAUGAGAUAGGAAAGAAGAUCAGGAGGGAAAGUGAUCCAUCUGGUGAUGAUCAAAUGGGAACCAUGAGCACUGCUCGACAUAAUAAUUCCUUUGGUCUUCCUCAAGGGAUGAUGAUGAUGAACAGCACAACCUUGAACACAAUCACACCUUGUGCUGCAUGUAAGCUCUUGAGAAGAAGAUGUGCUGAAGAAUGCCCUUUCUCUCCCUACUUCUCCCCUCAUGAGCCCCAAAAGUUUUCAGCUGUCCACAAAGUCUUUGGUGCAAGCAAUGUUUCCAAGAUGCUAAUUGAGGUGGCUGAGAACCAAAGAGCUGAUGCAGCCAAUAGCCUUGUUUAUGAGGCAAACCUGAGGCUUAGAGACCCAGUGUAUGGGUGCAUGGGUGUAAUUUCAACCUUGCAGCAACAGAUUCAAUCUCUCCAACAAGAACUUAAUGCAGUAAGGACUGAAAUCUUGAGAUACCAAUAUAAAGAGGCCACUAAUCACAUGGUUUCUUCUACGAAUAUUAUGCACCGCCAUCCUUCUUUGGUUUCUACUUCUGGGAUGGUGUCCAUUGCUGGACCACCACAAGCAAUUCCAACGCCGCCGCCGCCGCCACCACGGCCCUCUUCAGUUGUGUUUUCUUCGUCUUCUUCGUCUUCGGCUUCUUCUUUGUACAAUCCGUCUACGACCACCACAGGUUAUAGCUCCAUGUCAAGCGACAAUAUUCCAUAUUUUGAUUAAAAUGCCAUUUUCUUUGUUUAAUUUCUGUUGAUUUAGGAACUAUCAUGUUUGAUAGAGUAGAAAAUUAAUUUAACUUAUCUCUACAUAUGGGCUUGAUACAGUUUCCUUUUCCUUAUGAUUGAGAAUUCACAUGAAUAUUUAUUAUAAAGAAA